AUGUGGCACGAGUGGACACCUGGUGUGGAGAGCGUGCAAGACCUGGUGCUUCAAAAUGUGGCCCUCGUGACCCAGAAGGUGAAGUUCAAGCUCCCGCCGACGAAAGAGUUCGACAUGCCUUACCCCGAGCCUUUCAAGCUGGCGCCCGGCAUGAAGAAAGUGAUACCGAUCAGCUUCCGGCCAUCGAAGUAUGUGCCGCACGUGGAUCGCGUGCAGAUAGUUACCAAGGGGGGCAGCUUUUUCGUGACAGUCAAGGCUGUGGUGAAAGAUGUCGCGCUGUCCGUGCCGCACUUCUUGGACUUCGGCCUCUGCCCGACCAUGGAGCGUUCACAGCAGCAGAUUGAGGUGUACAACACCGGCACCCUCAAGGCCUCGAUGAAGUGGCAUGCCAGGGCCCCGUUCACCGUGCGAUGCCCUGCAAAUGCCGUGGAUGUGGGCCAGUCGGUGCGCUGCACCAUCGAGUUCGAGCCGAAGACUGCUUCGGUAUUUGAUGGCCUCAUUGCCUGCGAGGUCGCCUCAGGAGCUCCUGUGGCCGUGGAGGAGGACGAGGAGAGCAGCGCCCGCGCACCAGAGGUGAAGCAGUACGCCUUGCAAUGCACCGGCGUGGGCAAAAU